AUGGAGCGAAUUGACACGCACGCUCAUGUUGUGCCAGAGGUCUGGAGAAAAUACUGCUGUGAACAUGGAUACGACAAGCCCGAUGGCAUGCCAAAAAUUCCUGCUUGGACACCCGAGGUCCACAUUGACCUGAUGGGCACCCUGGGUGUAUCAAAAUCGAUCCUAAGUAUCACGUCGCCGGGCACCCAUCUCAAGGCCUACGACGACGAACUGGCGCGACGAGUGACUCGAGAGACCAACGAGGAAAUCGCCAGCAUCUGUCAACGAUAUCCUGAAAAGUUUCGCUUCUUCGCGUCUCUCCCGCUCCCGGACGUGGCUGAUUCGUUGAAGGAAAUCGAUUAUGCCUUGGAUAACCUGGGCGCCGUCGGUUUUGCCCUUAUGACCAAUGCUCAAGGGUAUUAUCCAGGCGACCCCAAGCUCGAUGGAGUGUUGGCAAAGCUCAACGAAAGAAAAGCUGUCGUCUUCUUGCAUCCAACCUCAUGUCAUUCACCGAAAAAUCCCGAUGCCGAAAGACCGUUGUCUCAAUAUCCAGCGCCUGUGCUUGAAUUCUUCUUCGACAGCACGCGCGCGGUGGUCAAUCUCAUACUUUCGGGUGCAGUUGCCCGAUAUCCCAACAUCACCUACAUCGUCUCUCACUGCGGAGCUGCCUUGCCGCCUCUAAUUGAGCGCUUUUCCUCAUUUUCCUCGAUGAUCCUAGGCAGCAGUGGCUCCGAGGCGGUGACCUCAAGCGCCGUCAAGGAUCUAUUCAAGACGAGAUUUUACUUUGACCUCGCCGGGUUUCCGUUUCCGGACCAGAUUCACGGCUUGUUGCGUUCCACGGACUCAUCUAGACUAUUGUACGGAAGUGACUUCCCGUAUACGCCAGCGUCAGCCCUUCCUGAAAUGGGCUCCCGGAUAGCUGAAGGGUUGGCGGACAUAUUUGAGGAUGCGGUCAUUGCCGAGGUUUAUUCGGGAAAUGCUAAAAGGCUCCUCAAGAUGUGA